UAAUAAGGAAGGAUCAUUGUUAGGUUUUAUUAAUAUACUUAAAAAGCAGAGCUUCCUUUAAAAAUACGUAGCUAAGUAAUGAACAAAAAGUCUUUGCAGAAUAACAGUGGAAUUCAUUGUAUUCUCUGGCACCAUGUUUCCAGUAACUGGACUUGCUUUAGAUUGCUGGAAAAUUUAUAAUAGAUGUUGAUUGAGGUAUAAUACUGCUACAGCAAGCACUGCUCCAGGAGCUUCAUGGAAAAUGUGAAAACAUGAGAUGAAAUCCCAGCUCUGCGGUGGGCAAAACUCCCACCACCUUAAUUGUGUCCAACUUUUCAUUCAGUGGUUUUGGACUCGUCAGAAGAUUCACAAAUGUUCUAUGGGACCACAUUGACCAUUCAGCCUUCAAGAUCACUGGAGCUAUAAAUGAUAUUAACUGUGUACAUAAGGUUUUGCAUGAUCGAGACCACAGUGCGCAGACAGAAGCCAAAAUAAAGAAUAGGGUGUCAUCCAUUUAUUUGGAGUUGUACUUGUGCGAAUAAGAGUAGAAUUAGGUUUUACAGUGCUACACUUAGUGUUAUUUACCUCAGUCAGACUUCUUGAGGGGAAAAAAAUUACCAGGUAGCUAGCACUGAAGUGGAAUGAGUGCAAUAACAUGACUUUCCUUUGCCCAGAUGCUCCCUUUACGCUCACAUGAUUUCUUAUAUCAGUUCAAUUUCUCAUAGCAUGUUUGCCUACAGUUGAGAUCUCCAAAUGAUACGUGAUUGCAAAAUCUGAACAACUCUUUCAAACCUUCCUAAUAGAAGACAAAGAAAUGGUUAAUGCAUGGUUUGCUGAGAGAGUUCACACCAUCCCAGUCUGCAAGGAGGGAACCAAGUCCCAGAGUGAAUCCUGUGCUUGUCACCAGCCUGUCUGUGCAGAGACCACCAACCCCGGGACCCCAGUGAGGAAAAUCUCUGCUUCUGAAUUUGAUAGACCCUUACGGCCAAUUUUUGUCAAGGACUCCGUAGGAGCAGUGAGCUUCCUCUCUGGCUCUGAAAAGAAGGAACAGAUGCCUCUGCAAUCUCCAAGAAUCGAGACCAGUGCAGGGGAUCAGUGCUCAAGACUAUUAGAACUUGUGAAAGAUAUUUCUAGUCACUUAGAUGUCACAGCGCUGUGCCAUAAAAUUUUCCUGCAUAUUCAUGAGCUUAUAGCAGCCGAUCGCUAUUCCCUCUUCUUGGUCUGUGAGGACAGCUCUAAUGAGAAGUUUCUUGUAAGCCGACUGUUUGACGUAGCAGAAGGCUCUACCCUGGAAGAAGCUUCCAACAGCUGCAUUCGCCUGGAGUGGAAUAAGGGCAUUGUUGGGCAUGUGGCAGCUAUAGGCCAACCUCUGAACAUCAAGAAUGCUUAUGAGGAUCCAAGAUUCAAUGCAGAAGUUGACCAGAUCACAGGGUAUAAGACUCAGAGUAUUCUCUGUAUGCCAAUAAAGAAUCAUAGGGAAGAGGUUGUUGGUGUGGCUCAAGCAAUCAAUAAGAAAUCUGGAAUUGGCGGCACUUUCACGGAACAAGAUGAAAAGGAUUUUGCCGCAUAUUUGGCAUUUUGUGGAAUUGUUCUUCACAACGCUCAAUUGUAUGAGACAUCUUUGCUUGAGAACAGGCGUAAUCAGGUGCUUCUUGAUCUUGCCAGUCUGAUUUUUGAAGAGCAGCAGUCUUUGGAAGUGAUUCUGAAGAAGAUAGCUGCCACUAUAAUAUCCUUCAUGCAAGUGCAGAGGUGCACCAUCUUCAUAGUGGAUGAAGAUAGUACUGAUUCAUUUUCUAGUGUGUUUCACAUGGAAUCUGAGGAGUUAGAAGAUUCAGCUGAAAAUCUGAAGAGGGACUGUGAUACAAACAAAAUCAAUUAUAUGUAUGCUCAGUAUGUCAAGAACACAAUGGAGCCUCUCAACAUCCCAGAUAUCUACAAAGACAGAAGAUUUCCCUGGACAAAUGACAAUGCAGAAAAUGUAAGUCAACACAUAAAGAGUUUGCUGUGUACACCAAUAAAAAAUGGGAAAAAAAAUAAAGUGAUAGGGGUUUGCCAACUUGUGAAUAAGAUGGAAGAAAACUCGGGCAAAAUCAAGGCUUUCAACAGAAAUGAUGAACAGUUCCUGGAAGCAUUCGUCAUCUUUUGUGGCUUGGGCAUUCAGAAUACACAGAUGUACGAAGCUGUAGAAAGAGCCAUGGCCAAACAAAUGGUGACAUUGGAGGUUCUCUCAUACCAUGCUUCUGCUGCUGAGGAGGAAACGAGGGAGCUGCAGGUAACAGUGGCUGCUGUAGUACCAUCCGCACAAUCUCUUAACCUAACUGACUUCAACUUCAGUGAUUUUGAGCUAUCAGAUUUUGAAACAACACUGUGUACAAUACGAAUGUUCACAGACCUCAACCUGGUGCAAAAUUUCCAAAUGAAACAUGAGGUUCUCUGCAGAUGGAUUUUAAGUGUAAAGAAAAAUUACCGGAAAAAUGUUGCUUAUCACAAUUGGAGACAUGCCUUUAAUACAGCACAGUGCAUGUUUGCUGCUUUAAAAUCUGGUAAAAUUCAGAGCAAACUGACUGAUUUAGAAACACUGGCUUUGCUGAUAGCAACUCUAAGCCAUGAUUUGGAUCACAGGGGAGUGAACAACUCUUACAUACAGAGAAGUGAACAUCCACUGGCUCAACUGUAUUGCCACUCCAUCAUGGAGCAUCAUCAUUUUGAUCAAUGCCUUAUGAUCCUGAAUAGUCCAGGAAAUCAGAUUCUCAGCAGCCUUUCCAUUGAAGAAUACAAGGCCACACUGAAAAUGAUAAAACAAGCCAUUCUUGCCACAGACCUAGCACUAUACAUAAAGAGGAGAGGAGAAUUUUUUGAACUUCUAAGGAAGAAGCAAUUUAAUUGGGAAGAUCCUACACAGAAGGAGCUAUUUUUAGCAAUGCUGAUGACUGCCUGUGAUUUAUCAGCCAUAACCAAACCAUGGCCAGUUCAGCAACGGAUUGCUGAGCUUAUAGCUACUGAAUUCUUUGACCAAGGAGAUAAAGAGCGGAAGGAACUCAACAUAGAACCAACAGAUCUAAUGAACAGAGAGAAGAAAAAUAAAAUUCCCAGCAUGCAGGUUGGAUUCAUAGAUGCUGUUUGUUUGCAGCUGUAUGAGGCCCUAACGCAUGUGUCAGAGGCCUGCUACCCUUUACUGGAUGGCUGUAGAAAAAAUAGGCAGAAAUGGCAAUCCUUAGCUGAACAACAAGAGAAGAAUCUGAUUAAUGGAGAAAGCAAUCAAGCCAAACGGAACUGAGAUGCUGAUUUAACAACCACAAGCUUGAGGUCACAUAGAAAACAUAGUAAUAGGGAAGGUCUGCAUUUUGCUAAACACUGUAUGAAUUUGGCUUAUGUUUUGCCACUGCUGUAUUAUUUUUCCACAUUUCAAGAUAUAGCAUGACCAUGUAUAUGCCACGGUUAUACAAAGAUAGUGUGUUUCUUUUAUUACGUCUGAUGGAGAUGGAGAAAGAUCUGCAAGUGUAGUUUUUGCUGUCUUAUUCCAUGAGAAGGUACGAGUGCAGUUACUCGACUGUCCCCGAGAACCUAUUACUUUACAGAUGUAUAUAGUUGUUUAAUGAUCAUGUUGUGGCCAGUAUCUUAAAGACUACUGCAUUUCAUAUCUUUUUUCCUCUUCCAGUCUUCUUCUGUUACAUUAUAAAAGUAACGAGCAGUCUUGCCUGUUCUCUUCCCAGAGGUUCAGAGGAAAGACUGGGACUACCUCUGGGGAGCCUAAUCCAGUAUAUACUAUGCUAACCUUUUUCAGGAGACCGAAGUAGGCUUUAGAGUGAAAAAGUCUCAGAAUCUGUGCACCCAGUAGUUUUUUUUCUCACUAGAGGAAUAUCUUAGCAAAUGUCUUACAUUUAGAGAAAUAAAAGAAAACCCCAAACCUGUGAAUUUCUAGGCAAUAGGGGUCUUAGGAAUUUUGUGGUAGGAGUGUCAUAAAUAUCCAUGAGUAAUGAAAACUACUUGAAGGUCAAUGAAAUGUCACAAGAUAACUGACAGAAAGAACGGCUCCCAUAGAAAGCUGCAAGAAGCACACAAAGAAAUGGUAACUAACCGAGAUCAUUUUUGUAUGCUGGUUUUAACUUCCUUUGGAAGUUGAAUUUAACAUCAUCAUAAACAACAGACUGAAUCAUGGGCAAGAACAGUAGAAGAGAAUAUAACUGCAAGAGCAGAGAUGAAAGAGAUGAAUCGGAAUGAUGCAGAAAUGGUGACACGUCUGGUGACUAUCAAUGACUGAUUCUUGAGGCCAGUGCUAUUAUGAAAUGGCUAUGACCACUUCAAGUUUUAUGCUAACACCUUUUUAAAAUCAUUUUUAUCGUUAGUUAAUGUUAAGAAUGAUUAAUCACAAUGUCUUAAAGAAAUAGGAGAAAAAGAAUACCGAAAGCAAAACCAGCCAAAAGUGCUACAGGGAUUUGCCAUUUGUAUUUGAGGCAUUAACAUUCAGAAAAGUAAGAAAUCUAUUAACUUGCACUAGUAAAAAAGGUAACAUUGGUAUUUUAUUUAAAUGAAGAUGACUAAUAAAAAUUAUCUUGAAUUGGGAGGCAAUUCAAGAUAAUAUACACAUUAGACAAACCCCAAGGUACACGGUAUGCCGACAGUCUGCAGCAUUUCUGGCAACCCCAGUUAUUUGUCUCUGAUUAAAUGCUAUCUGAAACUUAAUGACUACCAAUAUUAUAAUUACUAUUAUAAUAUUAUGCAAUAUUAUUGCAGCUGAAUUUGAAAAAAAUUUCUACAAAAUAUUUCUCAUUAUUUUUAUCCAGAUU